AGCCCAUGAAAACAGGAGAGGAGAGAGAAACGAGAGAAGUCAUCAGCUUCACCUGAACAAAGAAGAGGCAAAAGAGGAUACUCAUGGGGCAGGGAGAGGCUUCAGCGCGGGGGACAGUCAUGGAGGGGGACUGUCUCAGCUGCAUUAAGUACCUCAUGUUUGUCUUCAAUUUCCUCAUCUUCCUGGGGGGCUCUUUCCUCCUGGGAGUGGGGGUGUGGGUACUGGUGGACCCAACGGGGUUCAGAGAAAUUGUAGCAGCCAACCCUCUGCUAUUCACCGGUGUCUACAUCAUCCUGGGCAUGGGGGGCAUGCUCUUCCUUCUGGGCUUCCUUGGCUGCUGUGGAGCCAUCCGCGAAAACAAGUGUCUGCUCCUCUUUUUCUUCAUGCUCAUCCUGCUCAUCUUCUUAGCAGAGCUGGCGGCUGCCAUCCUGGCCUUCAUAUUCCGAGAGCAUCUGACCAGACAGUACUUCACCAAGGAGCUGAAGAGACAUUACCAGGGCUACAACAACACUGACGUCUUCACCUCCACAUGGAAUGACAUCAUGACUACAUUUGACUGCUGUGGGGUGAACAGCCCUGAGGAUUUUAAGGACAGCAUGUUCAGGAUGAUCAACCCAAAUCAUAUGGUGCCAGAAGCCUGCUGCCAGCGAGCCAGUCAGCCCGGGGAGUUGGCCUAUAUCAACCAGGAGCAGUGCUUAUCAGGCAAUAUGAUGUUCCGCAAUAAUAAGGGCUGUUACUCUGCUGUAGUGGACUACUUUGAACUGUACAUCUAUGUGGCUGGAGCGCUGGCCAUUGUGGUGCUAACCAUUGAGCUCUUUGCCAUGGUCUUUGCGAUGUGUCUCUUCAGGGGAAUCCAAUAGAGCUGCUCCAGUGAACUUUCUUCUUUUUUUAAGAAAAAGGGAAUUCAGGAGAAAAGAACAAAAUGGACACUUGUAGAUUUGUUGACCCUCUUUUUCUAUUGUCUAAUUGGUGGAAAAAACAAACUCUCAAACUCUUGUACUUCACAGCUGGACUUUUGAGGUACCGGGUGGCAAAAACAACAUGUGCACACACAUACAAACCAUAGAGAACGUGGGAGACAAAACUGAUGUAAAAAGAUGUGUGUAAAGUGGAAACAGUAAUUUUUUUGACCAGGUCUAGCACAGACUGGGUGUAAAGGGGACCAGGUGAAGCCUGGGCAUGAGGACCAGGGGAAGCCUGAGCAGAAGGCACUGCACUGACUUUUGGAUGAAGAAUAUUUAUAUUAAGUGACGUUGGUUUAAUUGUAAAGGAAAUGUCUUUUAUGUACACUUUUGCUGUUACCCUUUACCAGCGCAUACUGUAACACAACACUCCCUCCAUAAGCCUUUUUUUAUAUUUUUACAGCCACUCUUCUUCAAUGCUGUAUUAUAUAAAGUGUGUGUGCGUGUGUGUGUGUGGGUGUGCGUGUGCGUGUGUACAUACUGGAUGCUCUUUUUGAAUGUGUAUGAACUAGUUUGUGAGCAUGUGAGCUUGAGGCUCUUCAUGACCCCUCCCAAGCUUAAAAGCCAACUUUCUGAUUCUUUUUCUAUUUGUAUGGUGAUGUUUAUUGCAGUAGUGGUUAUAAUGUGGUUUUAGGUGGUGAAAUGUAUGUGUAUGCAUUUGUAUUAGAUUCUUGAAAAGUCAAUGACAUAAAUGGCAUUCUAAAUGAC